ACAGUUCAGUUCAGAACUGCUCAUUACUCCAGGUGGCUCCAGACAGGUGAAUCAAGACAAGAAGCGGAUGAUUCUUUCCAUCAUGGGAAUAAAAGAUAAAACUUUCUUUUCCUGUGCGCAGAUUAUGAUCCUGGCACUUCUAGCAUGCAGGUGUUCAGCAGGUGAAUAUGGUACCCUGAAUUGUGUUUCAUCCCCUUCACCCAGCACUCCAGUUUCUGUCCAUUCUCUGAAGCCAGCUGAUGUCUCUGUGGUAUCUGCACUGGAUUUGUCUGAUGUGGAGAGAUCUGAUGAAAUCAGAACUCUAAACAUGCUAACUGAAAUAUUGUUCACCUUUAACCCGGAUGUGUCAAUUGUUCUACCUAAGCAAAGAACCUUAAUGGAUAAAGCAGAGCACAUCAUGAAGACACUCAGUCCCAAUCAGUGGAAGUUGGUCCUGCUCUUCAUACCAGUUGAUGAGCUCUCACUGUGUGCAGACCAGAAUAUAAGUGCAACCAUUGAUGCAACAGUUAAUAGAGUGGAACAGACACUGGACUCUCUUCAUAAGAAGAUGAAACAUACACUGAUUCAUGUUGUUGUUUGGCGUGGACUGUCUGGUGAAUCAAAUGAACAACUGUGUCAGUUCCAGUGUAUAGAAGGACAUGAUAAAAACAAACGCAGGUUGGAUACAAUAGUCCUUAUGGCUUCAUUGCAGGAAUCUAUCAGUGCUCUUCUAGAGAGAAGAAGCUGGUUCAGUGACCGGGAAGAUUUCAGCGUAAUGCUUCAGUCCAGUCCAGUGCACACCGAUCUGUCAAACCCAAUGAAAGUCUCCACAUCUGACUCGUCACGUGAAAUAAGCAUGUUGACUUUACAACUCUGGACUAAUUUGCUGCACCCAAUGACAGGCAAGACUGAGGUGGAUGGGCAGGGCACAUCUGUCAUUCCAUGCCCAACUGAGGAAAAGCCAUUUUUGCGAACACAGAGAAACUCAUACACACCUGAGCUUGGUAUCUCACGAAAAGAGGAUCCCCUUUUAGUUCUCGACCCAGUUAUGGGGAGUGAGGUCACCUGUGAGGACAGAUCUCCAUCUCCUACCAUCCCUAUGUCAGUUCAUGCUCUACGGCCAGCAGACAUCAAAGUGGUGGCAUCGAUGGGUGAUUCUUUGACGGCAGGCAAUGGAGUGGGUGCUAACCCAAACAAUCUCCUGGAUGUGGUCACACAGUAUCGUGGCCUGUCAUGGUGCAUUGGUGGAGAUGAAAACCUAACAACUGUAACGACUUUACCAAAUAUAUUGAAAGAGUUUAACCCUUCACUCACUGGAUAUUCGGUGGAAAAAGGAGGUGAGAAUUCUGCGAACAGUUUUCUGAACCAAGCAGUACCAGGUGCUACAGCUGAUGAUAUGGUCAAGCAAGCUCAAGCUGUCAUUAAAAUAUUGAAAGAAGACACGCGAAUUGAUUUCUAUAAUGAUUGGAAGAUUAUCACAGUCUUCAUUGGAGGAAAUGACAUAUGCGCCCACUGCUCUGAUACUCGGUACUAUUCUCCUGAAAACAUUGUGAAGUAUCUUCGUGAGGGACUGGACAUAUUACAUAAUGAGGUCCCUCGUGCCCUGGUGAACCUAGUGGAGCUCCUAGAUAUAACUCCACUGCGCCGCUUCCAUCAGGACCCCAGUCUUGGCUGCCCUACCUGGCUGGUCAACAUGUUGUGUAACUGCGUUCUGAAGCCUGUAGAUGGAUCUUAUGAAUUUGAGAGGUUGCAGGAGUUCAACCAAGCCUAUCAGCGUGGUAUGAGGGAGCUGGUGGACUCUGGGCGAUAUGACACACGUGAUGACUUCACCGUGGUCCUACAGCCAUUCUUCAGAAAUGUGUUUCUCCCUGUGUUAGAGGAUGGGAGACCUGACAAAUCCUAUUUCACUCCAGACUGUUUUCAUCUCAGUCAGAAAGCUCACACGCUCAUGGCUCGGGCUCUCUGGAACAACUUGUUGGAGCCUUUAGGUAAUAAGACAGAUAGUCAUGAUUUUGCUGCAGGUAUCCCGCUUAAAUGCCCAGAAAAGUCCACACCCUUUUUGAGGACCUAUGUCAACAGCAAUUACGUAUACAACCCACCUCCAUCUCCUCCUCCACCAGCAAAUAAUUGGGGAAGUGAUUUCUCAUGUAAGGAAACAGCGCCCUCUGAUGCUGUGCCAACGUCUGUUCACAAGCUGCGUCCAGGUGACAUUAAAGUGGUGGCGUCUCUGGGAGAUUCAAUCACUGCCGGCUUUGGUGCAAAAGCUGAAAACAUUCUGCAGCUGCCGAUUGAGGAGCGAGGGGUUUCCUGGAGCAUUGGUGGGGAUGAGAGUUUGGAUACUGUCACCACCUUGCCAAACAUCAUUAAGAAGUUCAAUCCAAAUGUUUUCGGCUACUCAAAUGGGAAUGGUCCACGGCCAAAUGGCUUUAAUAUGGCAGUGAGCGGUGCCAAAGCAAAUAAUAUACCAGCACAAGUGACAGAUCUUAUCACAGCUUUAAAGGAUAGCAAGGAAGUGAACUUUGAGAAUGAUUGGAAGCUGGUGACACUAUUUAUUGGGGGAAAUGACCUUUGCCAAUACUGUCAUGAUCGGGCUUCUCUGUCUCCUUCAAAGUACAUCAGUCACGUCAGGGACAGUUUGGACAUGCUGUACAAUGAGGUUCCCAGAGUGCUGGUAAAUUUAGUGGGAAUCUUAGAGAUCGAGGAUCUUCGUUUGAUCAAGAGGGACACACUGGGCUGCAACCUCCUGCAAGAAACCUUGUGUCCGUGUGUUCUGGAACCUCGUGACAACUCACCAGAAAUGAAUGAAAUGAAGAAGGUCAACAGAGAUCUGCAGAUGGAGACUGAAAAGCUGGUGUAUGGUGGACGUUAUGACGGAAAAGAGGACUUUGCAGUGGUGCUACAGCCCUUCUUCAAGAACUCUGCUGUUCCAAUGCUCGAGGAUGGCACACCAGACGUGACGUUCUUCUCUGCGGAUUGUUUUCAUUUCUCUGAGCGUGGACAUGCAGAGAUGGCGAUUGCGCUCUGGAACAACAUGCUGGAGCCUGUGGACGAUAAACAAAACUACAAUAAUUUCACAUAUGACCGAAGUAAGAUCCAGUGUCCCACAAAGGAGCAUCCCUUCAUCUUUACACGGAGUAACAGUGGCUUUGGUGUCUCUACAACUGUCGCACCCAACACAGUUGCACCAGACGACCUUCUCCCCGCAGACUGCCCCAACGAUACUGUACCGGCCUGGGCAGCUGCUAUUCUGGCUGUAGGAGGCUUGAUUAUUGGUUUUGGCAUAACCUGGGGGUUCUUCUACUACAGAGAACGAAAGAACAGGAAGAAAAGAUCCGGAAGCACAGAAAUGAAAGGAACUAAUUUCUAAUAAGAUUUUUAAAAAACACAUAUAUGCUAAUUAUGUAAUACAAAAAGACUAAACUCACCUCUACGCCUUCAUUUUUUGCAUUUUUUUAAAUUAAAAGCAAAUAUAUUUUAGAAAUGUAUUUUUUGUGAAUAGUUGUGUUUCCAGUUGAGAACAUUUUCGAACUCUCACUCAUAAAUUCAAAUAUAAUAUUUGUUUGUUUUUUGAAAAAAGAUGAAGUGUUUAAAUGUUAAAAAAUGAAUGUAUUGCUGUAAAUUACUUACAUUUUUAAAAAUCGUAAUAUUUGUAUAGACAA